AUUGUGAGUCAAGCAGAGUUAUGUCGUACAGUCACUCAUCAGAUCGCUUCGCCUCAUCCAUGCCGAACGGUACCUGGAAGCAAUAAAAGGAUUGAAUUCUGGCCUGAGCUGGUCGCUUACCGGUAGCCCGGGGAAAUACCCAAUGGAACAGCCUCAUCCUUUCGACAGCAUCUCAUUAUUGCGUCGACGCGUCGACGAUACUAGUAUCCGUAAGAGAUUGUAACAUUGUAACCACCGCUGCUGUUGGUGCCAUACCGCUGGUUAUUCGUCCAUCCCACAGGAUCGCUCUUGCUGAAUCGAAUCGAAAUCUUCAUUACCAGUAUCCCUCUCUUCUUUUUGGUACCAGUAAUAACAAGCUCGCUUCGAAGCACCCUUAAUCUCACAAAGCGACGACACCAUGGUUCAGUGCUUGAUUAAAAAAACGUUGCUGAAGAGAAAACUAAAGAAACAGACCAAGUCGUUCGAGACCAUGGGGUCAUCGUCUAGGUCUGAUACCGGUAGAUCACCUGUACCCGAAGAUGAAGAGGAUUCCUACAAGGAUCGCCCAAAAGCACCAUCCAUCCAGAGGCAGGUGUCAGUUACCAAAUUGGUGUCCGGCUUGGCACCUCAAGAAGACCAGCCCGUCAUGCUUCAUCAUCACCACCACGAAGAAGAUGUUCCUGACAUGAUCGGAGGCGAUGAUGAGUGCAAACAAGAAGAAGAGUCUCAAGUGACAAGGCAUGACUCAUUCAGCUCAAUUGACUCGUUAUCUGAGGAGGAACGUUGUACCCUUCUCUUCACAGAACCAGAUGAUUAUGGGCAGAGGCAUCCCAUUGAAACCCCACAACUAAUUAUCUCCAAAUUGAGAUCUUUUGAGUACCAGUUGGUGCUCAUACCACACCACAAGAAGACCUGUCUUAAGAAGGCCAUGAAGAAUUGCCCGGAGCUUUUGACAGACAAAUUCAAGCUAAUGUUUCUUCGCUGUGAGUGCUUCAAUGAAGUGAAGGCAGCCAAGCGGUAUGCCAAGUACUGGGAGAAACGAGUGGAAGUAUUUGGGCCGGAAAAGGCAUUCCAACCUUUGACACUAGACAAAGCUCUAUGUGACGAUGGUUUUGCUCUGUCCCACGACUUUCCUAUGCUCUCUCCUGUGAAGCACCCCUCGGGCAGAAACAUUUUGUUUGCUGACCCCAGCACGCAAAACAUUGGUGCCUACACAACACAAAGCAUGAUUCGUGCUGUCUGGUACAUGUUCCAUGCAGCAUUAGAAGAUGAGGAGACUCAGAAGAAGGGUUUGGUAUUCGUGGGUGAUUGUAGGUAUAUCAGGCUCUCACUCUUUGAUAAGGAGUUUGCACGGGUCACUGCAUUGAGUGUUGCAGGGUGCCUCCCAGUGCGACUCUCUGGUAUCCAUGGAUACUAUCCUCCGAAGGUUUUCUUUAUUAUCUUGCCAUUCCUAAAGUUUUUCCUGGGGGAGCGCUUGCGAGAGCGAAUUCGCCUCCAUGGAGGUGAAAACAUGGAAAAGGUCCGUGCAGGAAUGGCCAAGUAUGGCUUAGUUGAGAGGGUUCUUCCCACAAAUGUUGGUGGUGAAGUCGAGCUCUCCCAUGAAUCUUGGUUGCAAGAAAGGCGGCUUGCUGGACUCUAAGGCUGUUUGCCUGAAAUGGGUGGAAAAGCACUCCACGACUUUCAAGCUGUGCUCAAACUCACGUACUGGGCUUUCUCGACAUAUGCUCUUUUAUCGCUUGUGGUGCGAUGAUGUACACGCAAUCUAGUACCGGGAGGUAGCUGUCUCAACUAAACUAGCUAGACUAGCUAUCUAGAUAACAUAAAAAAUGCUAGCCUCUA